AAACAAUGAAGAAGAUAGCUCCCUUACUUGGGUUUGUUUUCCUUCUUCCUCUGGCUUUGGGCGAUCUGAAGGUCGGCUUCUACAACUCUGCUUGCCCGCGAGCUGAAUCGAUUGUGCGCCAGGUCGUGCAGAGUCGAUUCCAAGCCGAUCGAUCCGUCACGGCUGCCUUGCUCCGCAUGCAUUUCCACGACUGUUUCGUCAGAGGCUGCGAUGCAUCCAUACUUAUAGACUCCACCGACAACAAUCCAUCGGAGAAGUCCGCUGGGCCGAACCUAACUGUCCGAGGCUUCGAAAUCAUCGACGAAGCAAAGAAGAAUGUGGAAGACGCAUGCCCUUCGACGGUCUCCUGUGCCGACAUCAUAACUUUGGCGACACGAGACGCGGUCUUCUUUGCAGGAGGGCCUAGCUACGACGUUGCGACGGGAAGGCGAGACGGCAUCACCUCGGCCCAUGACGAAGUUAGCUUGCCAGGACCGACGUUCUCGGUGCCUCAGGCCCAACAAGCCUUCGCUGCCAAAGGGUUCACCCUUACCGAGAUGGUCACGCUCUUGGGUGGACACACCGUUGGAGUCGCUCACUGCAGCUUCUUCAAAGAUCGUCUCUCAGACUUCCGAGGUACCGGAGCUCCGGACCCGUCCAUGGACCCAAGCUUGGCCGUGAAGCUCAACGUCACCUGCGGUGCUUCGUCAAGUGGUGACCCAACGGUGUCCUUGGACCAGAGCACAUCGUCCAUCGUUGACAACAAGUUCUAUAGCGAGAUUCUUGCCAAGAGAGGGAUAUUGCAAAUUGAUCAGGAGCUGGCCGUCGACAAAUCGAGCGUGCCAAUCGUCGCUAAGUUCGCGUCGGACGCAAACGGAUUCAGGCAGAGUUUUGCAAAUGCGAUGGUGAAGAUGGGCAAUGUCGGAGUUCUAACUGGAAAUGCUGGCGAGAUUAGGAAAAACUGUAGGGUUUUCAACUAGCUAGGGUGCUCCACAAGUUUGGAUAAAUUAACGUUAAACGUUGUUCUUGAUUACGAAACUGUUCU